AUGCUCGAUACCAUCCUCUCGUACGUCUACAAACUCCUUAAUUGCUUCCGUAGCCCUUUGCGUCAGAUCCCCACCGAGACUACAGCAUCGCCGCAGAUGCAGCCCGAGCGCAGGGGUGAGCAGCAGCCGGGGGGUAACCAAGGAGAUGGCGCUAGUAUCGAUGACGCCCCACACCUGCGUAGCGUCCCCGGCGACCUGCUGCUGGACGGCGGCGACCACCGUAGCUCGGGUGACACUCGCCUCGACGAUGACGCACCACCGGCGGGCACAACGCAGCUAGCCGCAGUCAGACCCGACGCAGCUACGGCGUUGAAAGUGACGCCGCCCUCAGACGGCGCAGCCCUCGCAGCUCAUCCGCAGCAGCGUCAGCUCGACGCCAACCAUGAAGCAGGCACAGCGCACAGCCAUGGCCUCGAAGCGCCGCCUCCCUCAGCGGCCGUAGAAUUGCCCCACGACGACCCUUUUGCUGUCGCCGUCGAGCCCGAGGCACUGGCAGUCAGAAUCAAGACCAAGGCGGCCGGCGCGGAAGCCAAUGCGGCGGGCGUAGGAGCAGUGAGCAGCAAGACGGACUGA